AUGCCCGUCUACUUGGUUCAUGGCUUCCGCUGGCCGCGCGAAGGCUUCACGGGCAUCCGUGUCCACGCCGUCAUCAACAACCUCGACGACGUCUCGGUCGAGUACAUCCAGAACGCCAACUCGCGGCGCGACCUGCUGCGCUCCUUCCGCACGGCCUACCCCGAGAUCAUGAAAGAGCUGGACCACUCGGACCCGGACAACGAAGCAUACAUGCAGCCUGGCAUGGCCGGCGCCAAGGGCGCGCCCGGCGGCAGAAGACUCGAGUUCAUCGAACAGUAUAACCCGGAGGACGUGGACGGGCCGUACGCGGUCAGCCAGCCGUACGCGUACGUCGGGGACAAGGUCGUCGUCAUCGCGGCGAGUCCGGGAAUGGGUAUGAACGGGCCGGAAACCGGACGGUCUGGAGGUUUCCAACAACAACAACAACACCAGCAGCAGCAGCAGCACCCAGACUCGCCUGGCCAGCACCAGAAGAGAGCACCCCGCUCGGCAACGCUGCCCAUGUCCAAGUCCGCGCCGUUCAACUCGCUCGCGGACAUCACGGCCUUGAGCGUCAACGUGGAGGAAGUCAUUGCCGAUGGGCCCGGUUUGACGAAUAAAGCCUGGGAAGCGCUCGCCGACCUGCGGGACAAGAUAGCCGAGGGCGAGAAGAUCGGAUGGUGGGUGGUGUACAACGGGGAUCCCGAGCGGUCGUUCGAUGACGGGGACGACGAAGACGAAGACGAGGACGAGGACGAGUAUGAUUACGAGUCUGAUGACGACGACGAGGAGGUGGUGGAGGAUGGCCGGGACGUCCAGCAGCAGCAGCGGCGGCAGCCACAGACCCCCGGUGGAGGAGGAGGAAGAAGAGCGGUGGCAUCUCCCGCAAGCCCUGCUACCGUCUGGAGUACCGGGUCCUCCGCGAGAGGUCAUCGGCCCACAGGCAGCGAGAAUGCCCCCAUCCCCACUUCUUCCAUGGGAACAUAUCCUAUAUCCCACCCACUGGGAGAGCCACACGCCGCACAGACCCAACACAUGGCCUCACCACAGCGCAACUACUACGCGCAACAGCCGCAACAGCCGCAACGCCAGCGCCAAGUAAGCUCGCCAGGCUUGACCGCCCUGCCUGUGCGACCCUCGCCUCCCCUGGUGUCGGGCCCAACUCCGGGACAAGCACCGUCGUCACCAGCACAAGCGAGUCGUUCACGGCCCAACACUGCCGCCUCCGAAACCAAGGGCAAGCAGAAAGACCGCGAAAGAGACGUCCCUGCAGACCCGGCCAAGUUGAAGGAGAUCAGCAGAUCUCAGGGCUUGCGCAAGAAAUUCUUCGGCCGCCGGACAUGA